AUGGACCUGAGGGUGAGCGCUCUCGGUAGCACAAGAGGGUUAUCUGUCUCGGUCUCUAGCAGCACUCGUGCAGAAAGCAUUUUUAACUCGGUAUGCAAACACACAGCUCAUUACCGUUUGGUGUCAUUGGGUUCUACUUCGUGGGGAGAAGUGCUAGCCUACCAGAAGUUGCGUGCCGUGGGUUUGUUUCCCUUUGCCAAAGCACAACAUCAGCUCGUCCAGAUGCAAACAAAUGCGCAACAUGCACCUUCGCCUCAUCCGAACGUAGCCGACACGACGCUAGUCGUGCUGCAUGACACCUUAUAA